AUGAUGUAUAUAAAAAAUUUAAAUGUUGAUUUAGACCCAUAUAAUUCUUUAAUAGAGCGAAGACAUUUUCCAUAUUUUAUCGUUAUGUUUGAAAUUUAUUCAUUUAUAAGCAUUUUUAUUCUACUUGAUCAUCAGCAUACGAAAAAGGAAAAACGUAGUACUAAACUAGGUAUUUUUCUGUGUUUUAUAACAUCAAUUAAUGUUGGAUUGUCCAUUUUUUUUUUAUUAUUAUACUUUAACAUAAGCUUGUAA